CUGUCAGACUGGACAACACUUUCCUUAUGGUAUCAGCGCUGUUUCAUACGAGCAGGUCACUGCCGGUCGAAGAUCGGAUUUCUGAAGCUUUAGGCGACGCCGCCGUGUCUAUCACGAUCACCGUAUUGACGGACAUCCUAAGUUUCGGGGUUGGCUAUUUUACAGACUUCCCCGCGGUGCAGUUGUUUUGCGUUUAUACUUGCGUCGCCAUGUUCAUCACGUUCCUCUACCAACUGACGUUCUUGCUUGGAUUGUUAGUAUUGCAUGCCAGAAACGAACAGCGAGCGAUGCACAGCUUCCUUCCGUGUAUCAAAACAAUCCCCUGGAAAACAGCGGGUACGUUUACUUAUACAUUAAUAUCGAAGUCACGUGAUCAUGCUUUUAAACGAAUACUUAACGUGGGGAAACUGCCUUCUACCGCUGCUUGGGACAGAGAAAUUAUUUUCUUAUUAAACGAAAUGAAAAACAGAUCCGUCUUGCGGAAGUUGUUUUGCAUCGGUUCAACUGCCGUCGUGCCACUACCAAAAGGAGCACAGGGAUCGGCUUCUUUCAUGGUUGCUGAUAAGCAAGGCUCGAAGAUCAGCAGGACGUUUCAAAAGACCAUUGCCCCUAUACUUGUCAACCCCUGGACGAUAACUGUGAUUCUUGUCCUGUACGCUGUGUAUCUGGCGAUGUCGAUUUACGGCUGUUUCCUGGUCAAAGAAGGUCUUGAACCGGUGAACCUCCUGGUCAGAGAUUCUUACGCCACAAAGUACUAUCAGCAAGUGGACAAAUAUUUUAACGAGAAGGGCCAAUUGGUGCAGAUUUGUUUUCAACAGCCGGGUAAGCUGAGCGAUCCGGAAAAUAGAAGAGCCAUCCUUGACAUUGUAAAGAAAUUUGCCAACAGCCCGCACGGCAUGGGCGAUGAUGGUGUCGAUUUCUGGCUGAUGGAAUUUGAAAGUUUCCUGCCGAGGUACAAUCAGCGGUACGUGGAGGAACUAGACAACCAAAGCUUUUACGACAACCUCGAAGCUUUCCUCGGCUUCGAGGAGUUCGAACGCUACCGAGGCGAUGUGAUCUGGAACAAUACCGCAGAAGAGAAAAUUAGCGCUUUUCGACUGGCAGUUGGCGUUCAGAACUUUGCGUUGGCAUACCAGCAGGUGGUGCCGAACGUUCUGCAGGAGAUGUACAGUGGCAUGGCGUGUAUGGUGGUCAUUGCCCUGCUUCUGGUACCGAAGCCGCUUUGUUCGCUGUGGGUUACGUUCAUGAUCGCAUCAAUAGACGUCGGCGUCAUCGGCUACAUGGCCUUUUGGAAUCUGAGCAUGGACUGCAUAUCGAUGAUCACGUUGAUCAUGAGCAUCGGCUUUUCGGUGGAUUUUUCGGCGCAUAUCGCCUACGCGUACACCACCAGUCCGGAAAAGGAGUCCACCGUGUUCCUGGUCAUCUUGAUCGGCGUCACUCACGGCAUCGUAAUUCUGCCCGUGUUCCUGCAUCUGUUUGAUCCGCAGACUGUCAGGGCGUGCUUCCGGGAGCGAAAGCAGGCCGACGCGAACCUGCGGCCAAUCAGCACCAUCGAGGUUGAGGCAGCACCGAACGCCAGCAAACAUGCACCGGAGGCCAAUGAUUCUCACAAGCCCUCCGAGCCUUCAGCCAGGCUCGAAAAACUGACGACUAUAACGAAGAAGUACUUGCUAAAGUUUCACGCACCGCCGCAGUCCGGCGGCUCCACAAACCCGGCCUUUGUGCGCAGCUGAUC